CCAACGUCGUGUGUGCCUCGUUCAACAAUGACCAAUAAUUCCUACCCGCUGCUUUCUCUGUUCCCUACCUUUUCUCCCUCUCUCCAUCUUUCCAUUUUCCUCAUUUCUUGGACCUCUUCUCUCUCUCUCUCUAUCUCUAUCUCUAUCUCUCUGCUUCUUCGCCUCAUUCAUUGCCUAUUUCUCUUUUUUGUUCUCUCUUCCCAUUCUCGUCGAGGAAGUCCCUGCGAUAUAUUUUAAUGGCGUCGCAGGAUAAAGGUCGGCCUCUACCUAAAUUUGGUGAGUGGGAUGUGAACAAUCCGGCCUCGGCGGAAGGGUUUACCGUCAUAUUCAGCAAAGCUAGAGAUGAGAAGAAAUCUGAUGCUGCUGCUGGGAGCGGAGCCACGCAACGAAGAAAUGAGAAUCAAUCUAAAUCCCAAGAACAAUUUCAGUCCUCUGAAACGAAAAAAUGGUUUUGCUGUUUCUGAACACCGACUAGCUGGUGGAGGUUUUGACACAGAGGAAUAAAUGGCAGUCGAUUUCUCAUUUACAUGAUACUUCUACUUCGUUAAAACUCGUUCAUGUUGCCAAAAUCUGUGUGUAUGUAAUGAAGGAGGAAAGGCAGACAGACAAACAGAAAGACAGACAGUAUAGAUAUAAGACGUGGAUAAUGGAUUCACCAUUACAUGCUUGUUGAUUAUUAUUAUUUUUUUUGAUCUUUUUUAAGAAGUGACAAUUCAUCGGAGUUGCCAGAUUCUGAUUAAUAGCUAUGGAUUCAAUGAAACACAUAUCUCUAAUUCUUUAUGCAUGCAUGGAAUGUGUAUCUUUCUUUUAUGAUUAGUGUGGUUCACAAUCAACUGUCAAUAAAAAAAUAACUAUCUUCUUAUA